UCGUGUCUGUUGUCGUUCUGUCGACCAUCUAUUCGCGAAUGCGAUCGUGCUAAUCGCGAACGAAUGUAGAUAUUUUUUUUUACAAGUGCUCUCGUUCCACUUUUCGUUAAUUUUAUUAAUUUUUCUUAGUUCUGUGUUUUCUGUGCUGUGGUAAAUUUAGGUUCUUUUAAAGUGAAACAAAGGCAGUGGUUAUUGAAAGCGAUGGUUUUGUGAAUAUGAUGUCACGGUUAUUAAAUCCUUGAAAAAUAUGAGUGUUAGUGUUGAAGAGGUUUCGAGUCCUUUAUCCGAAGGGCAGAAUAGCGUUUUGGAAGCGAUCAAGUCGGAUAGUGAAAUAAACAAAAAUGACAGUGUUGAGGAAGAACAGAACCAAUCGGAACCAACUACACCCAAACCUCAUCCCAUGGCUUUCACAAUUGACUUUGGCGCCUCGAAACAGUUCGAUAACCGUAAACUUGAGGAGCUAGCGAAAAAGUCCCAGGCCCGUCACCAGCGGGUACAAUCGAUGUCUGCAAGUCAGUCGAGGCCCAGUCCUGUCUCCCAGAGACCACCUAUGAGCGCAAAACUUCCUCGAAAGGCGCAAGGUUAUAAUUCUGAGGGAUAUUUUUCGUCGGAUCAAGAAGACAGUGGGCUGUCGGGCUCUUUGAAACUUAGAAGAAGCCCCCUCGCUCAGAGUGAUCGCUCGAAUAUAACUAGUCCGGUAACAAAUAGACAAGUGAAAUCGCCUGUCAAUGACCUUCUCCAAUCCAAACGUACGUCCAAAAGUCCUAUAGUCGACAGCAUAAUGUCGAGAAGUGAUAAUUUUACGUCCCGUCAUGCCCUGAACUUACCUCUGAAGAGUUCAAACAGUUCCUAUAUAAGAGACGUUCAUAAAUCGCCGAGUUAUUGUAAUAUUAAUAAUAAACAUCCUAUGGAUAUUAUCGAUCAGAGUCCUGAAGGUGUUAUGCUGACAGAUAUUUCUAGCCCAGAGCUAGAUAUAUUAACUCCUGACAAUGGUUUGUCCACUCCAGAACAUUCUAAAAGUCCGUUGCGUAAAAGCAGAGCAUCAUCAGUGACACCGGAUUUAUUAUUUAAAAAGUGUCCACCUAAAUCAGAACCCCUGUACAUAGACGAUGAUGAUGAUGUUGAUGAAGAAUCUAAUCAUUCAUCGACUGGUACAUAUACUAUUGAAGGUGAUAACUAUACCGAGGAACAGAAAGCUAGAAUGAGCAUAGAUCGUACUUUCGGUACUAAUAUAUACAAUGAAGCUCUAGAAGUUGCUUUAAAUAAAACUAAAAAUGUUGAGAAUGAUCCUGAAAUAAUCUUCGACUUUCCCAAUCCUCAAAAAGUUAUCACUAAAGAACCACGAAGAGACAUCUGCCUUAGGGCACCAGUCUCAUCCAAUAAAGAUAAUGAGCUACAAAAAGUUUCGAAAGAUAAAAAUGUAUUAGAAAUAUCAUGUUGCUACGAAUCACCUAAUGAAAGUGACUUGGCUUUACAAACGACAAAGCAGAUAAAAUCCACACGGAGCUAUUUAGAAAAGAUAAAGAAUAGAGUCCGGACAAUAACAGAAAAAACAUUCUCAAAAUCACCUCCUAAGCACGAUGAAGACGCUGAUGAGGGGAUGUUUACAUCGGUCACAACAUCAGGGGUUCUCAGCUCAAAGUAUCCGUUGAAAAUUGAAAUGCCGAGCCGUAGACGGUGCAGCUUGACCAAAUCGGAUAUAGAUCAGACGGAUUAUGUACAUAGACUGUCACGAGAAUCCUCAGUGCCAGUUUCAUUACCGAGUAACAAAGGUGUUCUUGAUGAUGCUAAAUUUGAAAGCACGGCUUUAAGGAAUGCCCAAAAAGUCUUAACAGAUAGUAAUUCAGAUAUAACGACUGACCAAGUAGUGGGUAAAUUAUCUUAUUUGAGCUUAAAUAGGUGUAAAGGUGAUAAAACCUGGAUUCAGGACUGGGCUGACAGUGUUAAGAAGUAUAAUAAUAAUACAUUUGGAAAAGAAUCUGAUUUGAAUACCACAAUUUCAAUUGAAGACCGUCCCCCGAUCAGUCCUAGAUUGAUACCUGGGAAGGCCCGUAGUCCGCACGGCACGCCUACCAAGAUACCGAGCCCCGUCGGUACACUGCUACACCGCAGGACACCGGAUCUCAUACCUCCUCAAGACACGGAGUCUUACUUGCUCAAAACACAAAAUGCGAUCACUAACCUCCAAGCCAAGCUGCACUCCACCCGAGCGAAUAACUCUCACAUUCCAAACCCAUUAACCACAAGUUUGAUCAGCGAUAAGACGCUAGUCUCAAGAUUGCCACUGUCACAACUAAGCAGGUCGAAUUCACUAAACUACCGUCUACGAAGGAAAGACAAUUCCGGUGACAGCAGUCCCUUAAGAAGUCCAGGAAAUUACGUCAUAACGGGAUCAUCAAAAAUACCGGAAAGCACCAAAAUACUCCUCAACACCGCUUCGAGAUCUCUCGACCAAGACACGCGUCAUGAUUCCAACAUGAAUAGUCCAAGUUCCGAUAAAGGUUUGUUAAGCAACAGUUCAGAUGACAAAACGUUGUCAAAUAGACCGCAAUACAACGUCGAUGCGAUCCUAUCACCUCACAGGAAAACUCAUACGCGGCACAGGUCGUUCGAUGGUCGGAAUCCCGCGGAUUUAUUCGCAAAUGAUGUUAAUAAUGCGAAUAAAACUGUCUGUUUAAAGACGGUCUUGAAAAACAAUGCCUUAGAAGCAAAAACCUUUCGAAUCGACCAAACGCGUUGUCAAGGUGAUCUGAAGAAAAACCAUCAAAGAGUAUACAGCGAUGGCAGGCCAAAUAAAUCCUUAUACAGCCCCAAUACAGCUUUCGGAACAUCCAUUAGGCGUUCCAGUUCAUUCAGUACCGUCAACAGAAACAAUAAUCACAUUGAACCGCGAUUGGUAUCACGAAGGUCGAGCGGUCAGUCCGAGGAAUAUAAAGAUUAUUCCGACGAAUCGGACAACGGGUCGUUCGAAAAAUCGCAAGAUUUGAGAUUCAAGAGACAAGUUCAUAGAGGCAGGGUAGAGUAUCCGGAUUUAAAAUCCAUCGUACCAUCAAAUUCCCCGAGGUGUCCUAAUACGCCUGAGAUGCAGAGAAAAUUCGGACCGGGAUUGGUCAGGAAUUCAGUCAGAGUGACCAGUAAGGAGCGGGGAUUAAACACGAGGAUGUCGGAACCGCCAAUCUCGAGAGAGGAAAGGACUAAGCCAGCCAAUCACCAGAGUCGCAGGAUAUCUGAGCCAACGAGACAGGCAGUUUUAAAUAGACUUACUAAAUCCAGAUCAUCUACAAGGGAAGUUCAUUCUAAACAUCAGGAUAAAGGACAAAAGAAACCAAGUCAAUAUCGUUCAUCAUCGGCCCUCGCUACAAAAGAAAUGGAGUUCUCCAAUUGGAAGAAGAGAUCGUCCUAUGAUCCAAUGAAAGCGGCGCAAGAGGGUAGAAAGAAACAGCAGAUGGCGAGACGGCAGGAGUGCAACAAGGACGACCUCAGUUCGCCCAGUCAUUCGUCACCCGUUCAUCGUUCACAAUCUUUCCACACAACGAACAUUGCUGACCUGACCCUGGAUUACUCAUCGGAGGAAACUGAAGAUGACCAGAUACUCUCAACACUACCAAUCGACCCCAUGAUCACAUCAACCCAUUCAGAUAUACUGGACCUGAGGAAAGAUCUGAGGAGGCAGGAGGUAGUGCUGGCGAGGGAUUAUGUCACCAAUUUCCAUGUAAAUCAACCUGCAGAGAAACUAAAACGUCGUGACGAUAAACGGAAAUAUCACGACGACACCAAAGAUACAGACUACAAGGAGGCCAUAGACAAGAGGAAAACUUUCAUUCUGGACAGCGACACGAACUCCACGACCAACGGCAGCAGUCCGCGGAACUCGUCCAUAUUCAGUCACGAGAAGAACUCUCUGCACACGAGCGACACGGAGGGCGAGAGCGGCCCCGAGAGCGCGCCCGUGCUGCGCCGCCAGAAGAAGGCGCCCGUGCAGCCCAAGCAGAGGUACAGCGGUGACUAUUCAAUGUCAUCGUCAACCACCUCGAUAAGUCACAAGAAGCCAAAAGAAAUCCAGCCUAGAUACUUAGACAUAUCUAAAUAUAAGUCUGAAAAUUCGCCGAAGAACUUCCUGAGGAGAGAUCCGAGUAAGACUUAUGUGGGAGUGCUGAAUCAUUGUGAGAAGAAGGAAGUCAGCAAGGGUAGUGCUCAGCACUACGAAAUGGAACAAAAGAAACAGGAACUAGAGAAGUGGAAAAGACGAGCUUCUUACGACCCGCGCAAGGCGGCCGCGCUCGCUAAGAAUAAGGCGCCGCCCAAGACCGCCAGGUACUGGAAUAUAGAAGAGCGUGACAGAUGUCAAAAUGCAUGCAAUUCUGGAUAAAGUGUCAAUGGCAGCCAUCUUGUUGAGUAACGUCCUGCGCUCGCAGUCGUUCCACGGGCCGGUGCUGUGCGCGGCGCGCGUCCCCCCGCGCGCCCCGCGGCCCCCGCCCGCCCUCGCAGAGACCGGCGACGCCUCGAGCGAUAACGACUUCUAGACGACCGACGAGCGCCACGUGCGUCACUCCGACCGCUGGAUGGAACCAAAUGUAUAAUCUGCAGUAAC